AUGGGAUCUCCUAUCUCAAGAAAGGCAAUACUUGGAGGAAAGUGCGUGGACACAGGAGAAUACCUCGGGCCACCUCUAACAGCUCUCGUUGACACAUUUGUCUCAGUAGCUGACCACGAUACGAAGGACAAUACAAUCUCUAUUCGAUUUAUCGAUGCCAAGAUACAGUAA